UACAAAGAACGAGAUCCAAAGUUUCUAGCAGCAGGGCAGGGAACAGUCUCAAGAUUUAAAGGACUAAGGAAAUAAGAAAAAAAUAUCCCGAAUCCCAAGAAAAACACUUCUUUGAGACAAAAUGCCAUCCAGGAAAAAAACGUUGAUGUUUGCAGCUGCCUUCUUUACUAGUAUUUGGUCUUUUGUGAUCGUCUGCCUCGUUCUUGCAACCAAACACUGGGCAUCAAGUGAGGUUACCUUUUCCCAAGAAAAUUCAAGCUCUGUUACCGUAACCAUUGCAUUUGGAAUUUUCAAAGGUGCAUGCUCACAGACUAUAACUGGUGGAGUUCAGAUGUCAGCAACAACUUUCCAAGUUUUAGAUAAAUUGGAUAAUGUGGAAGCAAGAAGUGUGAACAUUGUGAUCAUCUUCCUCCUGAUUCUCAGUUUGUUCAGCUCCCUUCUGAGUUCUGGAUUUACGUGUAGUAACACUGUAUGUAAUCCCUAUCAGACUUUUUUGGGGCCUAUUGGAAUCUACACCUGGAAUUCCCUAAAUGGCAUCUUCAUUCUUCUAGCCAUGAUAUUAUUUGCAGUGAAUAUAGAGGCAAACAAGCUGUCAGUAAAGUUGGCUUCAAAAUGUACAUCUUCUACAAAUGGAUAUGAAAAGUCCACCAGUAAUUAUGGAUACUCAUACUGGAUCAUGCUGCUUAUCCUUCUUUUGAAUGUCGCCACUGUCAUCAUUAUAUUUUUCUAUCACCAUGCAAGAUACUCUGAGAAAAAAGAGCAGGAAAGACCCAUAGAAAAUGCACCAAAAGAUGGUAUUUUGUUUUAAAGAUGUCAAGUCUUUUAAGUUAAAUAUGACGUGGAAGAAAAUUUAAUUUGGACAGUGAGAACUGAUCAUUUAAACUCCAAAAUUGCACUAUUUUUUGGUUCAUUGUACUAAACAACUGAUGUCUUUAGUACUCAUUGAUUGAAGGCAGCAACUUAAUGUAGCAAAAUAGUGAUCCCAGGGUAUUUCAGUUGUCUGUGGAUCCUUUAAGGAUGAGCUUUGUAUAGCUCUCUUCUGCUCCCUUACAGGAGUCCCUUACAGGGAAGUGGGCAGCAAAACGGUAACGAACACAGGGACUCAGUUUUAGGGCAGGGGCUUCCAGGAAAUGUUAUUCCAAGUCUAUACCAUCUUGCAGCCGAAUAAACCCUACUGAAACACUCUGCACGUGCUCCACAACCUUCCCAGAAGCUCUUCUGACUUACAAUGAGGAAUGAAUGAACUGCCCUUAUCUGGCACAAGUAUCAGAAAGGCAUAAAAAAGACAAAAGGUAGGGCAGGUGGCUCCUUACAGACUCACUGGUUCAGACAAGCAAAAGAUUUUCUAGGCAACAGCCUGCCUGGUCAGAUGUAGAGAAAGGAGGCAUAAAGAUAUUAAAAUACUAUUUCUACAUUUUGACUACAGGCUCAGUUAGAAACAACCGUUUCUAUUGUUCCUGGGCCAUUGUUUUCAAUUAUAGAGUCAUUCUAAAUCUGAAAGCUCAAACAGUCAAAAAAAACUAAGAUUUCCUGUGAUGCAGAGGAAAAGGUUCUGGGGCAUCUGUGCUUUGUUCUCCACUGCAGUCAUUGCUAUUUUCCCUUCUUGUCUUGUAUUUCAUUGACUCUCCUCUUUAUAAAGUACUCACUUUCACACUGCUGCUCAUUGCCUAAAAGUUGUCUUUGGUUACUUUAUUCUGAACUAUGGGCUCACUUCUUGUUAACUAUUCACUGCAUGAACCUAGUUACUAUGUAAGAUGUUGCCAGUUUCAUAUAAAUCCUCCCACAGCAUAGUGUCAGAAAGGCCCAUUCUGCUGCAGCUGCUAUCUCAUAUCUAGAAUGACUUUAUACACAUUUUUAGUUUGCACAAUGACAAUAUGCUAAAGGGAUGUAAUGCAAUUGUAAACAAGAAGGAAGAUGACAUGCAAAUAUAAGUGAG